AUGGCACUGGCAUCCAUAGCCAUAGCAUCAUCAAAUCCCCUCUACUCUUCUCUAACUUUACCAACUUCCAGAGGAAGAGGAGGAGGCAGCAGCACAAGGAGAAGAAGGACCCAUUGUCUAAAGAUUACUGGGUCCAGUCUCGCUGGUGGCUCUGCUCUUUUCCAAGCAGCCCACCACACUGUGGAUACAUACAUUAAAAGUGGUAUGGUUAUUGGGUUGGGGUCUGGCCAAGCUUCUGAUAUGGCCAUACAGUAUAUAGGUCUGCAACUUGGUGCAGGUGCUCUAAAAGAUAUAGUGGGGAUACCAAUGUCCAUAGCAUGUGCAAGUGAGGCGGCAAAGGCAGGAAUUCCAUUGGGUCACUAUGAGUAUUGUUCUCAAAUUGAUUUUGCAUUUGAUGAUGCUGAUAUUAUAGAAGAAGGAACACUUAUAUCUGUCAUUGGGCGAACAAGAAAUCAGGGAGAGGAGUCCAUAAUCCAAGAGAAGUCUAUACUAAACGCAGCCAAUAAGCUUGUGUUCAUGAUCACAGAAAACCAGUACAAAAGUGGUCCGGAUGGUUCUAUUCCAGUUUUAGUGAAUUCUCUCAACUGGAUGCAAGCUGCUGAAGAGAUUGAUGACCUUUUUUUAGGUGAUGCAGAGGUAUGGAGGAGACCAUCAAUUGGGAUCGCGGGUCCUAAGGGGGGUGACUUCCCACUAGUCACCAAAGAAGGCCAUAAUGUUCUUGAUGUCAUAUUUACAUCUCCAAUACUAAGCCUCAAUGAAGUAUCGAAAAGCCUUGAUGAAGUUGAUGGGGUCAUAGACCAUGGAAUCAUUUCCAAGUUCCCAUGCACAGCAGUAAUUGCUUCAGAAAGUGGGCUGUCUGUUGUUGAUAAUCUGCCAAAGAAUGCUGUAAAGGAACCCUAA